AUGAAACGAUCGUUUACAUUAGUAAUUUCUCUGGUUUUAAUUAUCGGCGUUAAGGCAAAUAUUGAGAGUAAUGUUUGGAGAUUGGUGGAUGCCGUUUAUCCGAAGGAUUUGGCAGUAAAUAUAUGCCAUAGGUUAAACAUCCAGAAUGGAAUCGUCGAACAUUUUGGUACAAAUUAUUCCAAAGUUUAUUGUAUUUGGCCAAAAAUAUUCUCGGAUAUAAAUUAUUGUGCUGCUGGUUUUCGUUUGAAUUCUUCAUCAGAGGCAGUCGAAAGUUUGUAUAAUUGUUCUGAAGCUGAAAUAUUGGCAGAACUUCGGCAGGAAUCUCCGAAACGCUCAUUGGAAAUAAUUUUUACGACAAUUGGAAAAAAAGAUCGAGAAAUGCUUGAUGCCAAACAUGCAGUUAAUGAAUCAAUUGAACAAUUGGAUUCAAACAAUUCACCGGACGGCGGCAUGAACGUGAAGAUAGUAAACGAUAGAGAAGCGAUGAUUUUGCAAUUAGAUCAUUACAAGCAAAACAAAGGAAACGACUGUCAUGGAGAUUGA